CAGCUGAACAACUGCUUUUUAGCGCGUCUUCUCGUGAGAUGCGUGUGUGUGUGUUUAGUUUACUCAAUCAAAUAAUAUUUUUCGAAUAUUUUGCGUUUUUUUUUAUUUGGUAGCAUCAAAAAUCAAAAAUGAAUUCGGAAGAUACUGUGAUAACGUGUGCGAUUAUAAUCGAUUGGUUAAACACACAAGGAAUAAGUGUACGAAAAAUAACACAUAAAUUGGCCACAUUGCGUUUGGUUCGUAGUGAUACACGUGAACUCUUCAUUGAAGUAAGCACCGAAAAGUCACCGACCUCAGCACGUUUGUUGCUUCGUGACAUUAUUGUUCACAAGAAAUUUAUGAGCGAAGGCAAAGCAAGUAUAAAAUUUAAUCGUGAUAAAUGUAUGCUAUAUGCCUCCAAUGCACCGCCCGGUUUGUUGAUGAAUUUUUUACGAACGUUGUUCAUAAAAAUGACUUCAGCAAAUGGCCAAGAGGGAAAUGGAUCGGGAAAAUUACAAGAUGUACGUACUCGAAUGCUUAGUGAAAAUCCAAGUAAAUUCGAUGACAUUAGCCCGGUGACUAAUUUAGAGGUAGCUAGAGCAAAGAAAAUGGCUGGAAUAUCGAAGGCAACGCCGACCACCCCAUCACCACCAUCGAAAAAACGGAAAUUUGAUCAAGUUGGUCGUGAUGCAAAUGGUGAAUCAAAUGCCAGAGGAAAUUUGAUGAAGAAAGCCAACAACGGACCCACAGUCGAUGUUGAACCACAAAUUCGAUUGAACGACGAACAAAAUGAAGUUCUGAAAGCGUGUAUUAAUGGCAAAAAUGUGUUUUUCACUGGAAGCGCUGGCACAGGCAAAAGUUUUUUAUUGAAAAAAAUCAUCUCCGUACUGCCACCCGAUGGUACCGUUGCCACUGCGUCGACUGGUGUUGCUGCUUGUUUGAUCGGUGGUGUAACAUUACACUCAUUUUGUGGAAUUGGAGCGGGCGAUGCGGGUUUACAGCGUUGUAUUGAUUUGGCAUCUCGUCCAGCAGCAGCGCAAGCGUGGCGAAAAUGCAAGCGUCUUAUUAUCGAUGAAAUAUCCAUGGUCGAUGGAGAAUACUUUGAAAAAAUCGAAGCUGUUGCUCGAAAUAUACGCAAAAAUGACAAGCCCUUUGGUGGUAUCCAAUUGAUUUUAUGUGGUGAUUUCUUGCAACUUCCACCGGUCAUCAAAACUACAUACGCAUCGCAGCAAUCUCAAUCGAAGCGUUUUUGCUUCCAGACUGAAACAUGGCAAAAAGUGAUAAGCAUUUCAUAUGAACUGAAACAAGUGCAUCGACAAAAAGAUCCCGAAUUUAUUCGUAUAUUGAAUUUCAUUCGUGUGGGUCAUGUAAAUGAUGAUAUAGCCAAGCGAUUAAUUCAAACGUCCAAGCAAAAGAUCGAAGUCAAUGGUAUUUUGGCAACUCAACUAUGCUCACACACAAAUGACUCGAAUUUGAUAAAUGAAUCAAAAUUGGCCAAUCUGAAAACGGAACAACGAGUUUUUGAGGCUCAAGACAGUGACUCAGUAUACACAAAGCAAUUGGAUAGCCAAGUUAUGGCACCAUCUCGACUGACGCUUAAAAUUGGUGCUCAAGUAAUGCUGUUGAAAAACAUAAACGUGUCCGAUGGCUUAGUAAAUGGUGCUCGCGGUGUUGUGACUGGAUUUUCAACUGAUGGCGGAUUGCCCAUUUUGAAAAUGAAAAAUAAUAAGCAAUACACUGCCAAGCCGGAAAAAUGGAUCAUUAAAACGCCAGCCGGUAUGCUAAUCACGAGGAAACAAAUACCAGUGAAGUUGGCAUGGGCAUUUUCAAUUCAUAAAUCGCAAGGAUUAACACUUGAUUGUGUUGAGAUGUCUUUGUCGAAGGUAUUUGAAGCGGGUCAGGCGUAUGUCGCAUUGUCACGUGCUCAAAGUUUGGAUAGCAUUCGAAUUUUGGAUUUUGAUAUGAAACAAGUGUGGGCCGAUCCCGAUGUGUUGCGUUUCUAUAAAAUGUUCCGUCGACAAUUGCACGAUCAAACAUUCAUUCCGCUCGGCCAACGAUCGAAAAGUUCAAAUGACGUCAAACCACGAUCGAAUGGUCUCACGAAAUUAAAAAAGAGCCUGAUGGAUAAACCACUUGUAAAUAUUUGCUGAGUGGCUAUUUAGUACGAUUAAGAAUCAUUCAGUAGCUAGGAAUUAUUUUCCAAUUUUCACAUAAAUUUGUAUUUAUUCAGUCAGAAUAUUAGGUAGACGAAUUUUGUUAGAAAAUUACCAUAAAAAGAAAAAUGAUUUUAAAAACUAGAAAAAGAAACAAAUAUUUUAAUAACAACGACCUCAAGAAGGCUUGAAUAAAGAAUUUCCUAUUUUGCAAAUAACAAAACAAGCUCAAUUUCAA